UAAAACGUGCCGCUUUCUCGGGCACGCACGCAUAGCUUGUCUAGAAAGACAUGUCUGUAUGACAAGCUCCCUAGUUAGUACUAUGCACUGCGCUCAGGGGUCUGUGGAGCCAGCGAAGUGGAUUGUAGCAUCGCGUGUUCAGUCUGGGGUUUAAAAUGGUGCCUCCCAAAGGAGGCGACUUGGGAACUAAUAUCUGACAAGAUCACAGCUACAGGAAAAUGGACAGUGAGGUACAGCGAGAUGGAAGGAUCUUGGAUUUGAUUGACGAUGCUUGGCGAGAAGACAAGCUGCCUUAUGAGGAUGUUGCGAUACCACUGAACGAACUUCCUGAACCUGAACAAGACAACGGUGGCACCACAGAAUCUGUGAAAGAACAGGAAAUGAAGUGGACAGACUUGGCCUUACAGUACCUUCACGAGAAUGUCCCUCCCACCGGAAACUGACUGAGCUUCUUUCUUAUGUCUGGAUCUUUCAAAAAUAUAUUGAUAUAUAGCCCAAACAACAACAAAAACAAAAAAUAUUGAUAGAAAUUUUUUUUCAGUCUCCUAAUUCAAAUCUCACAGUAAUUAAAUCAACACUCAAAAAUAUACACCCAACCUGGUUUAUAGCAACAAAGUGCACAGUGAAGAUAUUCAGAAUGAGAAACCCAGGUUUCUCGGGAAUACAGAAUAUUUGGCUCUUUACACAUACAAUAUGUUAAUUCACUUUCUUGUAUUUGAUUAAAUAUUUGCCUUUAACUCUAAUUUUGCUUCGCUGUCAAAAUUUAAUACUUCCCAACUACAUACAUUAUGUCCCAUGACACAGAGGGUUGAAAAUAUGAGAGGGAAGGGCAGAGGGGAAGCUAAAUACACAGAGAAUUAUUGACUUCUCAUAUUCCCCAAAUUAAGAAGUAUUUUAAGUAGAUGUGGCCUGCACAUGUGUAUGCCUAUAUUUAUACCUAAGAUUGACCAAGCUAUUUUCAAACUUUGGUUAAAUUUAUGGUUUAAAAAGUUAUCUGAUAGUUAACCUCCACACAACUGCCUUCUGUGUCACAGGACAAAACCUUUAGGUAGUUGGAGAAGACAGGAGCGCGGCGCACCAGGCCCAGCCAGGCUUGAACUUAGUACUAUGGGAGAAGUUUAAGGCAUCCGAAGUUUGAGGCUGCCCCAAAGGAAGCAUGCCAGAAACCUCCCCAGAGUCUGCCUGGUGAUUCCAUGCCUUACCUCCCAGUCUGCGCUCCUGGACCAAAACCUGCUAACCGAACUCCAGACAGCAACAAGUUCGGCCCCUGGUUUUAUCCGUUAAUGGCAUGACUUAUUUCCUCAAAGCCUUUUGAGAUAUAACCAAAAUACCAUGAAACAUUUGUCACUAGUGAAACAUUUGUAUAAGAAUUUGUAAUUUGCAGCACACAUAUAUUUCUUUCCUGGGAAUACUCUUUUUUUAAAUUGAGUCUUUUGGUUAGCUUUUAGGAAGAAGUACAUCACAAAACAAAUGAGUUGAUGUCUGGGGAUUUAGCUCAGUGGUGCCACCAUCUGCCUCACAAGAGCAAGGUCCCAAGUUUGAUCCCCAGUACCAAAAAACAAAGCAAAACAAAACAAGUUGAUUUUGGGGUUUCAACUGGAAACAUGGUUAUAGUGGCUGGUGAAUUUUUUAAAAUAGAAGUUACCUGAGGAUAGAUUUUAGUGGAAAAACAAAUUAGAAGAGCGUUAUAUUGGCUCAUGUGAGAGAUGAUGGCUUUUAGCUCCUAGAGGUAGAAUUUUCCAGGCUUGCUCGCUCCAGGUGUAUUUAAUAAAGCCAGCAACCAAGGUUCUGAUUUCAAUCCCCAGUACCGAAAAUUAAGCCAGCACCUUGGAGCAUAGUCAUGUGGAUUGAAAUACUCGCGACCCUUCCAUAAGACUCAGAACUGAAUUCUGAGCCAGACGCAGUGCUACAGAUAUGAUUUAUAUCCUCUAGAAGCAGUACAGGAGUUCCUUGUCAUUUGAACCCCAGCCCAGUCCCACCUCUUCAUAGUAGAGUAAGGACAGCUGUGAAUAAUCAAACACUUCAUGCUCUCUAGCUCUUUCAUGGGGGCGGGGGCGUGCCAUUGUCCUCUUGAUCCGGAGAUGGUGAUUUAAAGUUAAAUGAAUGUGAGAUAAUGAAAAGAUGGAAAUAAAGUGGUUGUAGAUGGGGAGGGGA